AAUAAAUCUAUCUUUUUUAAAAAAAAGUCUACAAGCUGGCUGCCUAAUUUGUCUCUGUGUGCGCAACCACACGUGAGAGCACGCAUCCAUUCAACUUCUGUGUGUAAUAUAUAUAUACAAAAGGGGACUUGGUGAUCUCAUUUCAGUGUAGCUUUUCUAAGAUAAACCCAAUUGAAGAAGAAACCACGUUUUCCCCGAAUCUCAGCUUUCUCGUUUUGUUGUGUGAAAGAUUAUGACAGGGGGAGGAGCCAUGUCUCUUUUAUCGAAACUACGGUGUAUCACGGUAGAUGUUACCGGUACACUCAUAGCUUACAAAGGAGAGCUUGGUGAUUACUAUUGUAUGGCUGCUAAAGCCAUUGGCUUGCCUUGUCCUGAUUACAAACGAGUCCAUGAAGGUUUCAAACUUGCUUACACAGACAUGGCUCGAAAGUAUCCCUGUUUCGGUUUCUCCGCCAAAAUACCAAACGUUGUCUGGUGGAAAACCGUUGUCAGAGAUUCAUUUGUCAAGGCAGGAUAUGAGUAUGAUGAGGAGACGUUUGAGAAAGUAUUUAGACGGAUCUAUUCUACGUUUGGUUCUGCUGCACCUUACUCUGUCUUUCAAGAUUCUCAACCCUUCUUGAGAUGGGCACGCCAGAAAGGUCUUAUUGUUGGACUUGUUAGCAACGCUGAGUAUCGAUAUCAAGAAGUUAUUUUACCUGCCUUGGGUUUGAACAAGGGUGAGUGGGAUUUUGGUGUGUUCUCUGGUGUUGAAGGGGUGGAGAAACCAGAUCCGAGGAUUUACAAGCUGGCGUUAGAGAGAGCUGGGAACAUUGCUCCUGAAGAGGCUUUGCAUAUUGGAGAUAGUAUGCGUAAAGAUUAUGUUCCGGCAAAGAGUAUUGGGAUGCAUGCUUUGUUGCUUGAUAGGUUUAAGACAGAAGCUGCUAAAGACUGGAGGGAUGCUGGAGCUAUUGUGCUUCCUGAUUUGGUUUCUGUUCAAGAGCUUUUGGAGUCUGACAAGUUGAAAUGUUGAAAAGUAAGAAGAGACUAGUAUGAAUCUGAUGUAUUGUAGUAUUGCACAUUCUGUGCCCUUUCUUCCUAUUCUCUUAGUUCUUAUGAGUAGAAAGAGUUUUUAUAACAAGGUGAAUCACAGAACAAGUGAAGUAUAUCUCUCUUUACUUUAUUUUUGAGAUGAUUA